UUGUGCCUGAUCUCCAUCGCUCGACGUGCUCUUUGGCAAUCGCAUCUCGUCUGCGGCUCAUGGCGCCACCUCCUAUCGAGAGGACAAUGGUGAGUGAGAACACAGGAGAUGGAUGGCAGCUGGCUGCGAGUCAAUGUAAUGGAUGUAUGUGUGUAUCUCUCUGGAUGGCCGGCUGCAUGGUCAGAGCGUAUCAAGCUGGGCAUUGAGUCGGGGCUUGUUCCCACCACAGGUACGGUACGCAGGAAGACACAGAGAAGCAGGCAGGCAGGCAGGCAGGCAGGCAUUGUGACUUCGAUUGAUGUGGCGUGCAGGUCAAUCUCCCGGGUACUGCCAUCAACCUGUGUCUGCACAUGAAGGACUUGCCACUGAGGGACGACCUGGUCAAGCUGUUCGAGUCGCAUCUCCUCCAGUACCACAGAAUGAGGUACUUAGCAGACAAACAAACGUUUGUCGUCUGAUUGUCGAUUCCGUCCUUCAGGUCAGUGCCUUCGGGCUGGUCCUGGCGCGAGGUCCCUGUCACGGUUCAAGCGCAUUUCACCGAGCACACCGUCCGAUCCACAGAGGACCUUCACAGCACGAUCGAAGCCGUUAUGGACCGGCCGCUCGACAAGACGCGCCCACUUUGGGAGGUGCACCUAAUGUCUGCCGUCGCAAGAACCGACACGUCGUCAUCGUGCCUGGUGCUCCGCAUCGACCACGCCAUCGCUGACGGCCUGGGCGUCUUCAUGUUGCUGCACCAGUGCGGCUUCAUCCGAACCCAGGCCAAGGACGAGGUGCUUCCUCUUUUGGACCUCAUAGGUAUCAGAGCCGACACCCACACUCCUGCGACAUCCACCGGCACUUCCGAGAGCGGGACAGAGAGCGAGUGGACAAAGGUGGGCGGGCGAGAGCAGCAGCCCCUCGUGCAGGGCAGGCGUCGGAGUCGGACGUGGUUCCAGUGGGCGGUUGGCGUUUACCACUUCAUCCACGCCUUGGUGGCUGCUAUUGGCCACACGCUGGGCAGGUACGACGGCAGCUUCUCAUUCAAUGGGGGGCUGGGCCGCAGGAAAAGGCUCACCUAUGGGCGGCGAAAGGUAACGCACCGACAUACAGACAGACAGACAGACAGGGACAUGGACGAUGUGGUGGAGUGAUCGGUGCCUGUGCCUGUGUCAGCUCGUCGUAUUUCCGUCUCUGCGUCUGUCGUACCUGAAAGCCAUCAAGAAGGCUGCAGGGGACGUGUCCCUCACCGAUGUGCUGCUCGCGAUAUUCACUGGGGCGAUCAGGAGGUGAGGUGGGGGCAAUGUGAAACUGAAUCGUUGGAGAGUACGUAUUCGUGGCUGGUGGCUGGUGGCUGGUGGCUGAUUGUUGUGUAGAUAUGGAGGUCUUGUUGACGACCCCCUGCUGAAGUCUGAGGGUGGGACAGCCCUCCUGCGGGCGCUCACAGCCUUCGCCCUACCGAGACUACAGAUGGCGCUGCCAAGGUCGGCUGGCUAAGUAGAACAUCUCUCUCCCGGUGUAGUCUUCCGUGUAUGCAUUCAUUUUGUAACCAACCCUCUGCAGGUCGCUCGAUGAUGAUGUGCCCGCGAGCCGUGUGCUGCGUCAGGGCUUCAUGGUGGUGUCCACACAGCUGCCCAUACACAUCACGGACGCCAAGGAGAGGCUCAUGCAAAUGGCACAGGUGACUGAGGGAGGGGGGUGCGUGCGUGAAUCGCUUACCCGUCUCUCUCUCUCUCUCUCUCUGUGUGUGUGUGUGUGUGAGUUCAGGAAACGGCCAGUUUGAAGAGUCGGCAGCAGCCGACGGCGACAUACCGUGUGCUGGCUGCCGUGGGCCAGCUGGCGCCCUGGUCUGUCACGUCACGGCUACUCCUGGGCUACUUCGCACGCCACUCUUUCGUCGCCUCCAAUGUCCCCGGACCGCGGCAACUGUGCACAUUCGCCGGGAAACCUGUCCACGACGUGCAGGUGAGCUGACGAAGCCACACAGGCACUAAAAUCAAUACGUCUGUAGCUAUGUGUGUGGGUGUGUGUGUGUGACACAGGUGGUGUAUCCAGAUCUGCUGCCGCAGCUGUUUUUCUUGAGCUACGCCGGGCGCGUGCGAUCCAAUCUCAUCGUGGACCCGGACCUGUGGCCGCAGUAUGACCAGCUGGGGGCUCUGGUCGUGGCUGAGGCGCGGGAGCUGGCGAGGGCUGUCGGGGUGACGCACGGAGACCCCCUACAAGACUAGAACAGAACCAAGUGAAGUCCUGGCUGUUUUUCUCUUUUUGAUGCAUGAGUCGUAAUUUUGUGACUGUAAGUAUCAGCUUUAUGCAUCUCACAAAGCGUCAGAUGUCAGUCGCAUUUUUCGUAGGCGCUUUAUGACGCCUUUGCGCUUUUUUCCGUGGCACGGCGCUGUGCGCGCUGUCGUGACUGAUGCGGGGGGCAUGUUGUGGCGCAUGUUGACAAUGAAUGGCGAGGCCCACGGUGUCAACUGUACUGUGCUGGACGCUUAUAUCGCUUCGUGUGUCUGGGUGGGUGUGACACUUUCCUGACCCCCUGGGCCUUAUCUGAUGCACUGAAUGAUGACCAUUGGAUUGUUUGGAGGGGCCAAGACGCACACGCCAACAUACUCGUGAAAGACUACGGACUUCAAGGGAGCUCUCUGUUGUGGCUGGAUGGAUGUAUGUGUGUGUGGUGAGUGAAUGACUGAAUGACAUUGAUUGCAUUUGAUCGAUGUGUUAACCAAUGGUAGUCCGCAUUGGCUGGCUUGCAUGAACGGACCAUCUUUGUGGUCUGACCUGCGUGUUCAGCGGGGAGAGAAGGAGGCCAGCCAGCCAGCCAGACAGACAGACAGACAGGCACUGGUUGGAGUGAGCCACUCCCACGCCGACUGGAUGUCACUGACGUGGAUGCCUACGUGCAUGGAAAGCCAGAAACCUGUCGUUGCAUGACACACUGGAUGGAUGGAUGGAUAUGAGUGUGUGCACCUAUGAGUUUGUCUGUCUGUCUGCAGUCAUCACGACGAACACACACGCACAGCCAUUCAUGACACACAUACAUUCAGCAUGCACGUACUGUACAGUGAACAACGUGAGCUGCU